GGAUUGAGAGUGAAGUUGUUGUUACCGAGAUGGGGCGCCUCCGCUGGCCCCCUUGGACUCUGUGGGUGACCUUUCUGUUGCUGGGCUGUCCUGGAAAGGUGGCAGGAUGGAUGUUCAUGGUGCUCCCAGAGGAGGGCAUGAGGGACUGAGUCGGAGAGGGAGAGCCGGUGAUUCCCAAGAAGGAGCUGCGAAGUUUCUCUUCCCCUUUUCAGCUGCCCGCAGCCUGCCGGCUCGAGGUCUGCCCAGCAACCGUUUCCGUAAUCUGCACUCCAUUUUCCGAUUGGUGGAGUAUUUCCCCCUCGGCUAAUCCCCGCCCUUGCUCCGGAAUCUCCUGCGGGUGGGGCGGGAAGUGUUGACACACCUCUGCAAUAAACAGAUUGAGAGCGAAGUUGUUGUUACCAAGAUGGGGCGCCUCCGCUGGCCCCCUUGGACUGUGUGGGCGGCCUUUCUGUUGCUGGGCUGUCCUGGUUCUUCCUCUCACUAUUUCCAUAAUUUUUACAUUGGGGUCUCGGAGCCUGGCCAGGGGCUGCCCCAGUUCAUUGCUGUGAGUUAUGUGGAUGACCAGCCCAUUACUCAUUAUGACAGUGAUACACAGAGGAAAGUGCCUGUCGUGCCCUGGAUGAGGAAGGUGGAGAAGGAUGAUGCCCAGUACUGGGACAGGAACACUGAGGUCUUGCGUGGCUGGGAGCAGGCAUUUCAAGUAAACCUGGUGACUCUGGGGAAUCGUUACAACCAGAGCAACGGGUUUCACUCCUUUCAGUUGAUGUACGGCUGUGAGGUGGGCCCAGAGGGGCGCAAAGGAGGGUAUGACCAGUUCGGCUACGACGGGAGGGACUUCCUCAGCUUCGACAAGGAGACCCUCAGCUGGACGGCGGCCGAUGCAGGGGCCCAAGUGACCAAGAGGAAGCUGGAGAGAGACAGGGCUUUUACCCAGCACCGGAAGGCCUUCCUGGAGGAGGAAUGCGUUGAGUGGCUGAAGAGAUACUUGGACUACGGGAAGGAGGCUCUGCAGAGGACAGAGCCCCCUGUGGUGACGGUGACACGCCAGGCAGCUCAGGAUGGCCAGGAGACCCUCAUCUGCCAGGCUCACGGCUUCUACCCCAAAGAGAUCGACACUUUCUGGAGGAAGGACAGGGAGGACAUGGAGCAUGCCACCCUCCGCAGGGACGUCGCUCCCAAUUCUGACGGGACCUACCAUGCCUGGCUCAGCAUUGAUGUUGACCCCCAGGACAGGGACCACUACUGGUGCCACGUGGAGCAUGCCAGCCUGCCGCAGCCUCUGGUCUUGGCCUGGGAGGAGCCUGCCAACAUGGGGCUCAUUGUGGGGGCCAUUGUGGGGGCCGCGACUGCUGUCCUGCUGGCAGCUGCUGGGAUCCUCUUCUUCAUUCUCAAGAAUUGGAGAAAGGAAGCGUCCUACAAAGCAGCACCAAAAAGCGACCAGGACUCUGCUAGCCCUGCCAGUGCGUGAUACCAGGAGGUUGUGUGAGAUGAGACCAGAGGGAGGCUGCCCAAGAUUUGUCGCGAUUUACAGAAGAUCAGAACUCCUGUUGUCCUUCAUCACUAUUUAUUAUGCCACCGAAUCCUGGCUCUAACCCAGCCAUUCUGAUCCCAGCUGUAGCCUGGAUUUCAGGGGAAGUGACAUUUCUGAUGGGGUUUGGCUAAUUUCAUUUUUCAGCUGAUUUUCAGAAGUGUGUUUGUAUCAGUCAGAAAUGUGCCAAAUAUACAUACUUAAAAGCGUUAAAUUUUAAAAGGGAUGGUAACCUAAGAGGUCCAUCUGGUCUAGUAUUCUGUUCUCAACAGUGGCGAACCAGAUCCCUGUGGGAAGCCCACAAACAGGACCCGAAUGCAACAGCACUUUGGUAAUUCUCAGCAACUAGUAUUCUCCAUGAAUUUGUCCAGCCCUCUUUUAAAGUCAUCCAAGUUAGUGAUCCAGGAAGUCUUUACUUACAUUGUUGUGCCUCUAUAAAUAUGUUCAGUCAUACUGAGCAUGAUUUGUAGUGAUUUUUGACAAUAUCUCUUCCUUAUUUGUUGUUUUGGGUCCCACCAUACAAACUUUCCCAAGUCUUGCCAAAUCGAUUUGAAGGUAACAUUUGGGAAUUGUUAAAGGGGUUCUUAUAUAUGAAAUAGGCUAAAUUGGUUAUUGAUUAGUCAAAUUUUAUUAUUGUCUGCCAGCUGCUUGGGCCUCCUGGCCUUUGGCUGAGUUGAUGUAACAUCAUGGAAUAUAUACAAGCAUUUAACUUCUCUGGGUGAGUGUACACCUUUUCUGUGAGGAAAUCAAGGAACUAGCAAGGAGGAUUGUUGGCAGGAAGCCAACAUCUUGUGGGAGCAAAUGCCAUAGUUUAACUAUGCACUGAGUAAAGAAGUACUUCCUUUUGUCUGUCCUGAAUCUUCCAACAUUCAGCUUCUUUGAAUGUCCUUUGAAUGUGCCAUGGAGUGCCUUCUAUCAACUUCUGUUGGUGGCCCAGCUAUUCCCCUAUCUGGACAGGGCUAGUCUGGCUUCAGUUGUCCACAUGCUGGUAAUCUCCAAAUUAGAUUACCGCAAUGUGCUCUACGUGGGGCUGCCUUUGAAGAAGGUUCAGAAACUGCAGCUUGUGCAAAAUGCAGCGGCCAGAUUGGUAACGGGGACCAGAUGGUUUGAACAUAUAAAACCGAUUCUGACCCACUUGCAUUGGCUGCCUGUAUGUUUCUGAGCUCGAUUCAAGGUGCUGGUUUUAACCUAUAAAGCCUUACACGGCUUGGGACCAGAAUAUCUGAUGAAAUGCCUCUCAAUAUGAACCCACCUGUACACUACGCUCAACAUCAAAGGUCCUCCUCCGGGUGCCUACUUAGCGGGAAGCUCGUAGGAUGGCAACGGGAAAGGGCCUUUUCAGUGGUGGCCCCCAAAUUAUGGAAUAAUCUCCUCGAUGAAGUUUGCCUGGUGCCAACAUUGUUAUUUUUUUGGCGCCAGAUCGAGGCUUUCCUUUUCUCCCAUGCAUUCUAACAGCAUGUGUUGAGCUCUGACCCCAGGUCUUUUCCCUGGUUUAUCUGUGCUUCAUGGUUUUAAACUUUGUAUGAUUUUUAAAAUUAUAUAUUUGUUUUUAAUGUUCAAUGUUUAAGUUUUGUAAACCACCCAGAGAGCUUUGGCUAUGGAGCAGUAUAUAAAUAUAAAUAUGAUAAUGUUAAUCCUACAAUAUGAUUCCCAACUUUUUCCUUGUCCACUUGGGCUGUGAUGAAUUAUGUAAGCUCUUGCCUAGAAAUAAGCAGAACACAGUAAAUUUGUGAGACCUCAAGGUGCCACAGGGCUCUUUCUUGCUAAACGAUGUAUUUUCUGUAUUUUGCACUGAGCACACAAGAUGUAAUUAUUUUUUCCUUCUGCAAUGUCCACUUGACUGAAAUAAACAAGGAUGGAUGCGCCCCCCCAUGCCUACUUA